ACAUAUUACUGUGCAGAGACAGGUGUGUUGGUGUGUAAAUGUGACCGGGACAGGUGUGUUGGUGUGUACAUGUGACUGGGACAGGUGUGCUGGUGUGUAAAUGUGACCAGGACAAGUGUGUUGUUGUGUAAAUGUGACUGGGACAAGUGUGUUGGUGUGUAAAUGUAACUCUGGGAUGUGUGUGUAAAUGUGUAAAAAUUGCUCUGUGAGAUGGUGUGUUAGUGUGCAAAUAUUACUCUGGGGCAUGUGUUGGUGUGUAAAUGUGACUGUGGGAUGGUGUGAUAGUGUGUAAAUGUGACUCUGGGAUGGGUGUGUUAGCGUGUAAAUAUUAUUCCGUGGGGCGGAUGUGUUAGAGUGCGAAUAUGAGUCUAUGGGAUGGGUGUGUUGGUGUGUAAAUGUGACUGUGGCACAGGUGUGUUGGUGUGUAAAUGUGAGUCUGUGGGGUGUAUGCUUUAGUGUGUAAAUGUUACUGUGAGGUGUGUACAUUAGUGUGUAAAUGUGACUGCAGGAUGGGUGCAUUAAUGUGUAAAUAUUAUUGUGGGAUGGUUGUGUUAGUGUGUAAAUGUGACUUUUGUGGGACAUGGUGUUAGUGUGUAAAUGUGACUGUGGGACAGGUGAAUUAAUGUGUAAAUUUUACUGUGGGACGGGUGUGUUAGUGUGUAAAUGUGAAUCUGUGGGACGGGGGUGUUAGUGUGUAAGUGUGACUGUGGGAUGUGUAGGAAUCUGUAGUUGUAAUGGUCACUGACGCUGGCUCAGUCAAUGUGGGGGAUUGCUGUUGUGUUACGAGAGCAGUCACAAAUCAUUCCUUUAGCUGCAUUCACUUUGAUUACUAAGGUUGCUGUUAGCUUGAACUGCAUAGUUUACGGGAGCGGCACUGUGGCACAAUUACUUUCUGUUUCCAGAAAUUGUGCCUGUAAUUUUUGUUGUAAUUUUCCAUAUUUGGAAUUGUUGCUGGGAUCGGAGCGAAGGGGAGGGAUGUAGGAGGGAAGAUUUGGUGGGGUUUGCAGUAGACUCCUGCCAGAAGCUGUAGAGUGUGCAACCCUGGGGCUUUGAGGUUUGGAGGACACAUUUCUGCUCGCUGCCUCUCGGCCCCGUCUCACUGGUUCAAAACCAUGUCUAACCCAAGCUGGCUUCUCCCAAAGGAUGGCGACACCUCCGGUCAUGUGUCAGCCAGGAUGGAGACCAUGACUUCAAUCACCAACCCCAGUAUCUCCGUAUCGACUCAGCAAGCGCCCAAGAAGUUCGCGCCUGUGGUUGCUCCAAAGCCCAAGUAUAACCCUUACAAGCCAAAUGGGCAUCCCAGGGCUCAGGUGGUUGCUGAAGGAGAGUUUCCACCGCCCCCUCCAAGUGUCGAAGGACUGAGCCAGAUCCCUGCGGAGUUCCCCCCUCCACCCACAUUGGACCAGAAUGAAUCGAGUACAUCUUCUGAUGUGCAGACGGGGAAGAAGACCCUGGAGGAAAGGCGCUCGAGUCUGGACGCAGAGAUCGAUUCACUGACCAGCAUCCUGGCCGACCUGGAGAGCAGCUCCCCGUACCAGCCUCGACCUCGCCAGAGCCAUGGAGUCACGAGCAGCACCCCCUCAGCCAUCCAAGGCCCAGUCACCACCGCCGCCCACAGUCCAGUGAUCGGACACCAGAGGAUGGUCAUUCCCGCCCAACCACUACUGACCGCCACCAAGAAGGCAGCUAGCAAGCCUCACACUUCUCCAAGCUUGGCCCCUGCUCUCUCUGCGAAGAACCCGCCACAGCCCGUGCCAGCCUCCUACACCACGGCCUCCACGUCCUCCCAGCCUGCCUUCAACAUCCAGGUCAAAACUGCACAGCCCAAUCCCAACUUCUUGCCGCCGGGUUCCCAGCCAACAGGCCCAGAGCUGGCCCCCGCUCCCCCUCUUCCUCCUCCUCCACCUCAGCAGCAGUUCAACACACCGCCUCGUUCCCUGGACCCGGGCUACAGAGCUACACCGGCAAAGUACCCCGACCCAGGUUACGGUUACACCCCUUCGCCAUCCCACUAUCAGGACACCCAGCCGGUGGCACCAGGGUAUGGAGGAGGCUACGUGGGAGAGCCAGCCUAUGGCAAUCAGCAUCCCUGGAGGCCAGAGGUCGCCUACAACCCCUCUGCUCCUGCACACAGUACCUAUCGUCAACCUGGCCCCUCCAAGAAGGCAUCCACCAUGGAACCUGCACCGGCACCACCAGCAUUUCAACAGCCACCCAAGAAUGUCUACCAGCCUUCGGCUCCUAUUCCAGCUCCGGCUCCCGUUUCAGCCCCGGCUCCAGUUCCAGUUCAGAAUCUGGUUCCAGCUCCGGCUCCUGCACCAAAUAUCCCUGUGGCCAGACCAGAGGAUGAGCUGGACCGUCUCACGAAGAAGAUGUUGUAUGAUAUGGACCAUCCACCAUCUGAUGAUUACUUUGGCCAGUGUGUGCGCUGUGGGGAGAGUGUCAUUGGGGAUGGAGCUGGCUGUACCGCCAUGGACCAAGUCUUCCACGUGGAUUGCUUCACCUGUGUGACCUGUGGCCACAAGCUGCGAGGACAGGCCUUCUACGCGGUGGAGAAGAGGUCUUACUGUGAGCCCUGCUACAUUAGCACUCUGGAGCAGUGCAGCGUCUGCUCGAAGCCGAUCAUGGAGCGCAUCCUUCGGGCGACCGGCCGGGCCUUUCACCCACAGUGCUUCACCUGUGUGGUGUGUCACCGCAGUCUGGACGGCAUCCCCUUCACUGUGGACUCCAGCAACCAGAUCCACUGCAUCCAGGACUUCCACAAGAAGUUCGCUCCACGCUGCUCUGUGUGUGCUGAACCCAUCAUGCCUGCUGAGGGUCAGGAGGAAACAGUGCGCAUCGUGGCUCUCGACCGUGAUUUCCAUGUCCAGUGUUAUCGCUGUGAGGACUGUGGCACCCUGCUCUCCGACGGUGACACACAAGGAUGUUACCCCCUGGAUGGACACAUCUACUGCAAAUCCUGCAACGCCAGGCGCAUCCAGCUUCUGUCUGCCAAGGCCACCACUGACCUGUGAGCCCACUGACCAGCAGGACCCCUGCAUCCUGCUGGGGCCGACAAUCCUACCAAAGAUAUUCCAGCAGCGCAUUCUUUACGCUUUCACCUUCUGAUGACCUUCGCUUGCGCUGUCUGCCAGUUCGAGGUCUCUCACUGGCCAGAGCUGUCAUUGUAUAGGACAGGCACGGUUAAACAGCUAAACAGGUGGGGAGCACCAGUCAAGCAGGUGAACAAUCCUGCCAUGUCUCGUUGUGGGGCCUUCAUCCACGUGCACCAGCCCUCUCUGUAGAUUGCCAUGACAUUCAGUCUCUCACGUUCCGUCUGUCUCUCUAAACUAUCUCUGUCUCUCUCUCUCUCCCUCUCCCUGCCACUCCCCCCACCCCUCCUCCCCCCCCCUCGGUCCUCCCUCCACCCGCUCUUCCGUGCUCACUAGGUUGAGCUGUUGACUGAACAGCAGAGUCGGAUAAAAAUGGGACCAGGCGUUCUCGCUUUGUGUUUGUACAGGAAGGAAUAAUAUUUACCUCUGGCUCUCUAUAAAUGACUAAAGUAACCUUUUUUUAGCUCUGGGAAUCUGCUUUGCAAUAAGACUAAAUAGCCGGACAUUGUAAAUAAGCAAAUGCAGAGGCACCACUGAGAGCCCAGACUUGUUAAGAACAUUCUGGAAGGAGAAUUUCUGCAGAUUGUCAUGAGGAAAGUUGGGCGUACCAGCUGCAGAGACGAUGCAGGGAACUUGGUUGAGGUCAAGAUCUCAUUGUCCGGAAAUGUUGAAGUUAAUGUAUGGGGAUGUUUAACAGCUCUGGGCCUGUACUCGUUGGAGUUUCAAAGAAUUGUGGGGCGGGGGGGAGAUCUCAUUGAAACCUAUUGAAUUUUGAAAGGCCUAGAAAGACCUUAAAACAUAGGAGCAGAAUUAGGCCAAUCGAUCCCUCGAGUCUGCUCUGCCAUUUCAUCAUAGCUGAUUUCGAAGAUAGAAGAGUACAGCACAGGGAUCAGCAUUUGGCCCAGGGUAUUGUGCUGAGCCGGCUAAACAGCAGAUCAAAGCCACCCAAACACUACACCAUGUCCAUAUCCCUCCAUCCUUCUUAUAUCCAUCUGCUUAUCCGAACGUCUCCUCUCAUUGGACUAAUACUAACUUACGAAACUUUCCUGGAUAUACUUAACAAAUUCUGCCCCAUCUAAGUGCCUUACACUAAGAAGGUCCCUGUUUAUAUUGGAGAAGUUGAAAUCCCCCUUGACAACAACUCUAUUUAUUAUCCCUCUCAACCCCAUUCUCCUGCCUUCUCCCCAUAACCUUUGACUCCCCGAUUAAUCAAGAACCUGGCAACCCCCACUUUAAAUGUACCCAAUGACUUAGCCUCCACAGCCCCCUGUGGCAAUGAAUUCCACACAUCCACCAGCCUCUGGCUAAAGAAAUUCCUCCUCACCUCUGUUCUAAAUGGACGCCCCUCUAUUUUGAAGCUGUGCCGUCUGGUCCUAGAUUCCCCCAUUAUAGGAAAUAUCCUCUCAAUGUCCUCUAAGGCUUUCAAAGUUUGAUAGCUUUUAAUGAAAUCCCCCUUUCGUCUAAACUCCAGGGAGUAUAGGCCCAGAGUUAUCAAAUGCUUCUCUCACGUUAACCCUAGAUCUUUCUCAUGAAUGCAGAUUUGGGGCACAGGAACAAUUUCGGUAUUGUUCCAUGGUACUGCGAGCUCAAGGUGUGAAUGACCCCCCUCCCCUUUCCCUCCUGGGUGAGAUCAUUGAAAUUCUGUGCUCUCCCCUUCUUCCCACAUGUGAUGUGAUAGUUUGGGCUGACAGAAUUCAACCAAGAUCAGAUCUAAACUGCCAUCUCUGCACUGCAACACACACAAAAUGCUGGAGGAGCUCAGCAGGUCAGGCAGAAUCUGUGGAAAUGAAUAAACUGUCAACGAUUAUUGGCACAGGUGUUGCCUGGCCUGCUGAGUUCCUCCAGAAUUUUGUGUGUGUUGCUCUGGAUUUCCAGCAUCUGCAGAAUCUCUUGUCUUUUGGCCCAUGAUGUUAUGCUGAACUUUUAGCCUACUCCGGGAUAACCCAAACCUUUCCUUCCCACGUAACCUUCCAUUUUCCUAUCAUCCAUGAGCCUAUCUGAGAGUCUCUUGUACCUGCCUCUCCACCACCCCUGGCAUCGCGUUCCACUCACCAACCACUCUCUGUGUAAAAACCUUACCUCUGACAUCCCCCCUGAACUUUCCUGCAAUCAUCUUAAAAUCAGACCCCCUUGUAUUAGCCAUGUUCACCCUGGGUAAAAGUCUACGGCUGCCCACUCAAUCCAUGCCUCUUAUCAUUCGGUACACCUCUAUCAAGUCACCUGUUAUCCUCCUUCCCUCCAGAGAGAGAAACCCUCGCUCACAUUUACAAUGGUAUUGAGUAAAACUGGCCCUCAGUGAGGAGAAGGAUUCUGACUGCUUCAUACAUUUCCUGAAGAGUGGAAGGAGAUUCCUUACAAGAGUGCCGUCCUCAAUUUGUCUGGUUGAGGCCUGCACACGUUGCUAUGGAGUUCCUCCUGGUCGGAGUUAGCCUGAGGCCUACCACUCUACACAGCCUCCUGUGUCGGCCAGUGCCCAUGUUAGUGUGUCAGAUCUGUGCAACAACACCCCUCCGUAAGUAACGUUCAAGUACUCACCAUCCGGAACCUCAGCUCCUGCUCCGUGACAUCACAUCAGGUUUAAUAUCACUGACGUAUGCCGUGAAAUUUGCAGCAGUAUAAUCAAAACUAAAAGUACAAUAGGAAAUAUAUUGAAAUCAAAUAAGUGAAAAAUGAGAGCAAAAAAAGAAAAAAAUAAUGAGGUAGAGUUCGUUGUCCAUUCAGAAAUCUGAUGUCAGAGGGGAAGAGGCUGUUCCUGAAUCAUUGUGUGUCUUCAGGAACCUGUACCACCUCUAUCCUGAUAGCAAUGAGAAGAGGACAUGUCCUGGGUGAUGGGGCUCCUUAAUGAUGGAUGCCGCCUUUUUGAGGCAUUUCUUUUGAAGAUGUCCUGGAUGCUGGGGAGGCCGGUGCCCAUGAUGGAGAUGAUUGAGUUUACAGCUUUUUCCAAUCCUCUCUACAGUACACCUGUAGAAAUUUGCGAGAGUCCUUAUGACACCCAAGUCUCCCCAAACUCCUAAUGAAAUAUAGAUGUUAUUGUGCCGCCUUUGUAAUUGCAUCAAUAUGUUGGGCUGAGGACAGAUUUUCAGAGAUGUUGACACUUGCAAGUGCUCACCCUUUGCACUCUGAUGCCUCGAUGAGGACUGGUGCAUAUUCUCUCAACUUGCCCUUGCUGAAGUCCACAGUCAGUGUUGUGGCAAUGUCAGAGGAUGGCCGAGCUCCUCCAAGAGUGACGUAUGCAGUCCUGCCCCAGCACACAACGCUCCUGAUACAUACACAGUGGGGAGGAGGAGGUUACAAAGUUCAGCAGGGAGUGCAGAUUGGACAGUUACUUGACAGAUCACCCACAGAGAGCCCCUCAGGGACCUGAACUUUACGCAAAAACAAAUUCUUCUUCAUCUUUCAUGAUUGGAUUAUGCAAACUGAAUUAGUAUUGUAUUUGGAACUGGGAUAAUGCCAGCGUCACAAAGUAAUAAUGUUUAUUGAUUGUGUGUGUCUUACAUCAGAGCCUACAUCAACGUGACCUCAGUCCAUUCAAACCAAGUAAAAAUACUUCCCAAUUCAAUUUAAAUCUGAUAAUAACACUAGCUAACUCUGGCACACUUUACAACUCUCUGUGGGUGACUGUCCAAUUCAUGGUUCUUCAUCAGACAUUUGCAAAUCUUUAAAAGGACUACAAGUCUAGCCACCACAUUCCCAAAUCCAGGACAUUCCCAAGCCAUGCAGUAUAUAUAUAGUAUAAAAUCAUAAAACAUAGGAGCAGAAUUAGACCAUUUGGCCCAUCGAGUCUGUUCUGUCAUUCCAUCGUUGCUGAUUUAUUAUCCCUCUCAAUCCCAUUCUCCCGCCUUCACCCCGUAACCUUUGUCACCCUGACUAAUCAAGAACCCAUCAAACUGCUCUUUAAAUAUACCCAAUGACUUAGCCUCCACAGCUGUCUGUGGCAAAGAAUUCCACAGAUUCACCACCCCCUGGCUAAAGAAAUUCCUCCUUAUUCUUUAUUCUGAGGCUGUGCCUUCUGGUCCGAGACUCCCCCACUAUAGGAAACGUCCUCUCCACGUCCACUCUAUCUGUGUCCUCUGGUCCCAGACUCCCCCACUAUAGGAAACAUCCUCUCCACACCCACUCUACCUGUGUCCUCUGGUCCUAGGCUCCCCCACCAUAGGAAACAUCCUCUCCACA